CUGGUUCCUUAUUUCACCAGUUUCUUGCUUUUCAUUUUUCAAAACCAAAUGACGCUUCACCAGACCAAAAUUUGCGCAUUUUGUUCUAUUUACCUUCGUGUGAUUCUUCUCUUUUCCGCAAUUAGUCUCCUCUGCCUGCAACCCGUGGCCAUUACUGCCACCGCUCCAACAAACGAGACUGAUCGUUUGGCUUUACUCAAAUUCAAAGAACUUAUACCUCAUGAUCCAUAUAAGAUAUUGAGUUCGUGGAAUGGCUCUAUGCACUUCUGCAAUUGGCAUGGAAUCACAUGCGGCCGUCGGCACCAAAGGGUCACAGGCUUGGACCUCCAGGGCUACAACUUAGGUGGAUCUAUGUCACCUGCUAUUGGAAACCUCUCCUUUCUUAGGUUCAUCAACCUCCAAAAUAACAGCUUCUAUGGCAAAAUUCCACAAGAAUUCGGUCAUUUGUUCCGACUGCAACGACUCUAUCUCAACAAUAACACGUUGGGAGGGGAAAUACCAUCUAACUUGUCCAUCUGCUCCAAUCUCAGGUCGAUACGUCUUUAUGUGAAUAAGCUUACAGGGAAAAUUCCAGAGGAGCUAGGCUCUUUAAUGAGACUACAACGACUUGAGAUUUCCACAAAUAAUUUGGCAGGAGGAAUCCCACCUUCUCUGGGAAAUCUUUCUUCGCUCAAAUAUUUCUUUGUGGGGGGCAAUAAUUUGGUGGGAAAUAUUCCAGAUACCAUAGGCCAAUUAAAAGGCUUAGUAUCGUUCUCAAUUGGGAGAAAUAAAUUGUCAGGUGUUUUGCCUACUUCUAUAUCCAACUUGUCAACCCAACUCACUGGAUUAUAUAUAGGAGACAAUGGAAUUUCUGGAACUAUUCCUGCAUCAUUAGAGAAUCUUGUUAACUUAAUUGUUUUGGGCUUAGAUUAUAAUUACUUCACCGGCAUUGUUCCUACUAAUUUUGGGAAGUUUCAAAAGGUGCAAUUAUUAGCUUUAAGGGGAAACAGAUUGUCUGGAGAAAUACCAACCAUCAUAGGCAACCUUACUCAGUUGUUUAAACUUCUUUUAGAAGAAAACAGAUUUGAAGGAACUAUACCUCCAACUAUAGUAAACUGCCAAAAUUUGCAAUACCUGGGCAUUUCACAAAAUAACCUUGGUGGAUCCAUACCCCAACAACUUAUUGGUCCUUCUUUCCCUGCACUAAUAUACCUCAAUUUGUCACACAACUCGUUUACUGGCAAACUACCAUUUGAAGUAGGUGAUUUGAAAAAUAUAAACUUUUUGGAUUUCUCUAACAAUAAUCUGUCUGGUGAAAUUCCUACAUCUAUAGGAAAUUGUUUGAUGUUGGGACUCCUUGACCUGCAUGGGAAUUCCUUUGAAGGAGUAAUACCAUCAUCUAUGGCUUCUUUGAAAAGUCUUCAACUUCUAGAUGUUUCACAAAAUAACCUAUCAGGAUCCAUUCCAAGGGGUUUAGAGAAGCUUCGUUAUUUAGAAAAUUUGAAUCUUUCAUUUAAUAAUUUUGAGGGUGAGGUACCAAUUGAAGGAGUUUUCAAAAACACAAGUGUGAUAUCAUUGGUUGGAAAUACUAAACUCUGUGGUGGUAUACCAAAAUUGCAGUUGCCAAAAUGCCUCGUAGAGGUCAUGAAACCAAGAAACUCAUUUGGCCACAAGCUAGCAAUUGUAAUUAUUUCCAUUGUUCUAUUUUUAUUUUUGUUUUCAUCAAUUCUUGUUAUUUAUUGGAUGAAAAAAUCAAAAAAGAAAUCACCUUCUAUGUUUUCAACAAUGGACCUCCUUCCAAGUGUUUCGUACCAAGACCUCUAUCAUGCAACUUGUGGAUUUUCUUCGGAUAAUUUAAUUGGAUCUGGAAGUUUUGGCUCAGUAUAUAAAGGAACUCUUGUUCAAGAAGAAAAACUAGUUGCUAUAAAGGUCCUUAACCUUCAACACAAGGGAGCUUUCAAAAGUUUUAUGGCCGAAUGCAAUGCAUUACGAAUUAUUCGGCAUCGGAAUCUUGUUAAGAUAUUAACAUGUUGCUCUAGCACAGAUUACAGUGGGAAUCAAUUCAAAGGUCUAGUCUUUGAAUUCAUGGCAAAUGGGAGCUUAGAUAUUUGGCUGCAUCCCGAACUAGACAACGAAAAUCAAUCAAGGAACUUGAGCCUUCUUCAAAGAAUAAAUGUUGCACUGGAUGUGGCUUUUGCAAUAGAUUAUCUUCACAACUAUUCUGUGCAACCAAUCAUUCAUUGUGAUUUAAAGCCAAGCAAUGUUCUCCUUGACAAAGACAUGGUCGCUCAUGUAAGCGAUUUUGGCUUAGCAAAGCUCCUCUCAACUGUUGAUGAUUCUUCUGAAAAGCAAACUAGUACAAUUGGGAUAAAGGGAACAAUUGGUUAUGCUGCUCCAGAGUAUGGCAUGGGUGAUAAGGCAUCAAUAGAAGGGGACGUGUAUAGCUAUGGAAUAUUACUACUGGAGAUGUUCCUAGGAAAGAGACCAACCGAUGAAAUGUUUAAAGAUGGUCUCAAUCUCCACAAUUUUGCUAAGAUAGGAUUGCCAGAAAGAGUUGUUCAAAUUGUAGACCCAAUCCUUCUACCAAGAGAAGUUGAUGUUGUGCCGACAGCAAUAGUGGCAACUAGAGAAGAUAAUAAUGACAACGAAAUUCAAGUAGACGAAGGAGCUCGAGGUAUUGCAAACCUGUGUCAAAUGGAUGCCAAUGUGCAUAAGUUCUUGGUCUCAAUCCUUGAGAUUGGACUCGCUUGUUCAAUAGAGUCACCAAAAGAAAGAAUGAAGAUGAAGGAAGUUACCAGCGAACUGCAUAUGAUCAAAAAAGCCUUUCUUGGUUCUGGUAUACUCCCUGGUGGACGUGGUAGAAUCCAAGUUUGAGGUACUUUAUAUAUUUUUAAAUUUGAAUUUGCUUAAAUAAUAAAAUCAUCAAUGACGGUCAUCAGUUAUCUCAUAAAAUUAUUGAAGACCAUUUUAAGAGUUAUGAAUUGGCCAUUUAAGUUAUAUUUCUUUUGAUUCCUAUUAGUUCUGCAUAAAUGCAAGUGUGGACGUCUUUUAUUAUUUUGAUAAAUGAUCUUAAUUGUCAAAUUAGAUUUUCCGACUAACAUAUUCACCUUUUAAGACCCACAACCUUACUAAUGGUUCUUUCAUAUUCAUUUAUUUAAAUGGUUUCAUGCAGAUGCAAUUGUUGUUCUUGUGUGUACAUUCAUUGUUUUUCCUUAUAUAGUCCUGGAAAUAACGAAUAUAACUAACUUUUUCCUUGGACUGCAGAGCAUGAAACCACCAAAACAGAUCAAUGAUACCUCUUUCAUGUCACUGUUGAGUAUUUGCGUCAUUGCGUGCUAGUUCAAUCUCAUUUGUAGAAACAUUCAAGGAAUGAUUUCCUCAAGGUAUUUUCUUCUUUUAGAUGACAAUCCUACUUGUGUAUCUUGAUAGUACAAGUGCAUUGAACACUUCUACUUCAGGUUCUGGUAUGGUGUAUAUGUAUUCACUAUUCACUAUUCAGCAUAAAAAAUAAAAAGUAUACUAUGUUGUGUAUGUA